AUGUUGGACUGGUUCAAACCGCUAUUUUGGGAGCUGAAUGGUGACGAGAGAAGGUUGGAGAAGCAACAGCUGGACGGAAUCAUGGUGGAAGCAGAAGUGCUGGUUGAUUCUGAUGGCCCGUUGAGCAAGCUCGGCAAGAGUGAGUGGAAGACUUUGGCAAUGAAAAAUAGAUUCCAGGAGUGGUGGAAGCACAUUGCCUGCACUGUGUAGUGGAUUGAAAGAAGGAAGAAAGUCAGUUCAUUUUACUGAUGUUGGAUGAAGAGUAUCUGCCUACACAUGUAAAGAUUGGAUACGUGACCCCGAAAUUGCAAAAAGUAUGGCCAUGUAUCAAGUGUGUGUCAACGGAAUCAACAUGUAGUUGAAAAAUCUGAUGACAUCCGGUGUAGCAAUUGUGGUGGAAAUCACGUUGCCGAAUUCCUAGAAUGCCCUGCUAGAGUAAAGGAGCUUGAAGUUGCAAUGAUCCGAGAUGUACAACAGGUCUCCUACAGAGAGGUGCGGGAAAUAGUUGAAAGAGCAAGUGGAGCUGCGGAAUUGUAGGUGCGGCUGAAAGGUUUUUGGGUCUGGAGGAAUUAAUGUUUUAUUGUCACAUAUACCUGAUAGGUGCAGUGAAAUGUGUUGUUUUAACAGCUGAAGCAUUACAUGAAAUACUGAAUGAACAUGUUCCCCCCUCCCAGGCCCUUGGAACUGUGUAGGGAUUUGAUUUGAAUUGGACUGUGACCGAAGGAGUGUGAUGGUUUUUUGAUUCAGCUGUUGUUUUUUCUACAAAAUAAUUACAUUCCGCAAUGGACAUUUUUUUUUUUUGGGACAGUUUACUACCGGUACAGUAGUUGGCGGAAUGGACAUUAACACGCUUAAAUAUCUUACUCACGUCGGCCACGGAGAACGAGAGCUCACAGUCCUCGGGAGCAGCCCGCGCCGGCGGCACUGUGUUAUCCUCAAAGAGAGCGAAUAAGGUGUUUAGCUUGUCCGGGAGCAAGACGUCGGUGUCCGCGACAUGGCUGUUUUCCCCUUUUGUAAUUCGUAUUAUUUAUACAUUAAAGUUGAUCAGUUUUCACCUAUCCCAGUAGGUGGUGGCAUGCACCUCUAACAUUUGUUGCGGACCGCCAUAAUACCAUAGAAGAAGAAGAAGAACUAGUACCCAUUGAGCAGUAACAUUAGGACAUGGUCAUUACAUUUACAUUUUAGUCAUUUAGCAGACGCUCUUAUCCAGAGCGACUUACAGUUAGUGAACGCAUACAUGUAAUUUUAUUUAUUAUUUUUUUCAUACUGUCCCCCCGUGGGAAACGAACCCACAUCCCUGCCGGCCAAACCCUCCCCUACCUUGGACGACGCUGGACCAAUUGUGCGCCGCCCAUGGGUCUCCCGGUCGCGGCCGGCUGCGACAGAGCCUGGACACGAACCAGGAUCUCUAAUGCCACAGCUAGCACUGCGAUUUGAUUAUUUUACCAGUGUUGAGUGUCCAAACUUAAAUAGCUAGCUAUUAUGUUAAGGUAAUAAUUAUUUAAGGUAAAAAGUUGUUGCUUUGUUUGUCGCUGGGCAGUGACGUUGUAUCGCGAUAUUAGCAGACACGUCAACUAGCUAAUUAGCUAACUAUCUAACGUGAGGUCACAGACAACUAACUAGCUGGUAAGCCAAGUUAUCUAGAUAGCUGGGCCCGGUUUCCCAAAAGCAUCUUAAGGCUAAGUUCAUUGUUAGAACCUUUGUAGGAGCAUAGUUAGAUCUCCAAGCUGUUUCCCAAAACCAUUGUUACUAAAGUUGCUCUUGAAAACACUCAUUAUUGAAUGACUAGUUCAGACCACUUGUAGAACAGCUAAGUACAUCUUUGGAUGCAUUUUUGGCCUUCCGUGUCACUUUAUACAAUGAAGAUCUCCGCUAAACACAAAAUCAAGACGUUUAUCUGUAUCUGUGUCCGCCGAUAACUUCAGAACAAAUGUGACAGUAGCUAUGUUUCCUUUCACUUGUCCAGUGAUUUUGUCGACAUUUAGAAAGUUGGCAUAGAAAAUAAAUACAACAAUUGCCUGCUAGGGUGCGUUUCCAUUUAACUAUCUUGUGUCGAUAAAAACAGCUGGGCGUAAUGACGUCAAACCAACAACAACAAAAUGAUUCUCGCAAAGAUCUAGUGUCGAAUAAAAAUGUAGUGGUUAAAGUGUUUCCAUUACCCAUUUAGGCAAAUUGCGCAUUAAUACAUUGGCGACAUGCUGUAUGCCUUCCCACCUAUCUGUUUCAUGUCUCAGGUAGCCCAUGAAAGCCAGAAUGGAUACAAUGCAAUAAUUGACUAAUAUUUGCCAUAUUCUAAUUAUCACAUGCCAACGUAUCGCCACGGAUCUAGCGCGCAUGGGCAUGCACUAUCGGCUGCCUAGGCUAGUCCGUGCCAUUGUGAAACUUGCACUCCUGUAGAUCUGAAAUAAUUGGAUGGUGAAACUUGCCAGCCAACCAGAAAAGCAAGGCGACGCAAUUCAGUCAUUCUUGAAAAUCAGGACAAUCUGUUAUGGGUGGAAGAUGGCACAGUGAUGCCAUCUGUUGGUAAAUGUUAAUUACUGCAACUUCAGUGUUUUACCGGUGUACUUGAGAUACCCGGAUGUAUUGCAAUAUACUGAACAAGACUGGUUACUCGCAUCAAUGCCUCUGUCUCGUCAUUUAACAUUCAAACACAAUCCUUGUCCUUCAAAUAAACAUUUUUAUAUUUAAAAAAAAAACGGUUUCCAUCAUCAUUUGUCGCAAUAAAGAACUUUAGACAAAAUAAAUCCACCCAUGUCGAACAGAUAAAAAUGUUGUAGAUCUUUAGAAAAUGUAUCCUAUAUUUGCCAUCUCAAUUACACAUGAUAAUAUCUCUGUAGGAGCUGAUCUGUUGUCAGUAUUGUGGAAUAAUUCUAAUGUUAAAGCAGCAAUCAACAGUAGAAACAAUAACAAAGUGGUGAGCAUGUCUCCAUCUAUCAUUCAGGACUCACCAUCUCAUUAUGAUGAAUCAUCAAUUCUUAAUUACUGAUUGGUUUGUUAAUUGUUUGUAGAUAGUGUUAGUGUAUGGUUGAUUUACAGUUAUGUGUCCUCUGUCUCUCUGUGUGUGGAUGCAUUCACAGACACAACGAUCAGCUUGUUGGGGGGUGAACUAGGAGCAUAGUGCUUUAGCGGUGGACAGAGGAGCCGGCAACAGGGAGGGCUUCGUCCUGAGCCCUAUACUACGAAUCAUGUUUGAGGUGUUAGAGAGGUAACUUUGGUUAACUCUGAGUUCAAUUCGAAAUAACCGGUAACAUGAAAGUGGCUCACCUUUUAGCCAGGGUAAAUGUAUAUGGCAACGAAUCCUUCAGAACUAACCUGCUCCAGGGCAGGCUAACUCAGGGCUAACCAAUGAAAUCACAUACACUCCCUCUCGCAAAGAUUGUGUCAUCAUCCCCUUCAUUUGAGGAAGACGAAUGAUUUAAAUAUUUUAUUAACAUGCAUUGCUGGCUCAAAACCUAAUAUAGACGUGACUAUCAAUUAUUAGGCCACCUGCCUUGGGGCCGAUGUGGAGCUGAUGAGCAAAGGCACAUCGGCCCAAUGUGGGCAGCCUACUUGGGUCCAAUGUUUUAACACGCAUUGGGCCCACAUCGUGCCAAUGUGGGCAUGUUUGCUGGGAAAAGAUGGCCUUAUUUCAGGUGAAGUGAGGGCUGCCAUCACCAGAAAUGGGCUGCCCACACUGGGCCAAUGUCUUGGAGGCCAAUGUGGAGCCGAUGAGCAAUAGCGUGUGGAAAUGUUUUCUGGGUAUGUACUGCAGCCACUGCAGUAUAUUAUUUCAGGGGAAAAACAAGGAUGAUUUUGAACCUGAAGUGCUUCUUAGGGGAUUUACAUUGUCAGCAGUGUGUAUACUGAGAGAGGAUGUUAAAAGCUACAUCUUUGUUACAGUGCGUCAGCCAGGGUAUUUACUCAGAGAGAGAGAGAGGUUGGAGAGGGAGAGAGAAAACAGGAAGGAGUGGAGAGGAGAGGGGAGGGUGGAUACAGAGUGAAACUGAUUGGCCAGAGAAAGCGAGAGAGAAAGUGGGAGUGAAACAAGCUAGAGAGGAGCAGGGCAAAGCUUCAGAGAAAGAUGCAUCCUCCUCGUGCUAUGUGAUCGUUUCUGGAGUUAGGAUACUAAGAUGGGUCAGACGGCUGAAAUGAAAGAGAUGCAGCCAGGGGUGUGGCUGCAGUCUCUCUCAGGGAAACUCAGUCUUGCCUUUGAAAUUGAGCUGCAGCAUCUCUGACAUAACAGUUGUGCCAAUAUGCCAGUCAUGAGCAGGCCAGGGUAGGUGGAGGACAUUUUUUCUCAGUAUUAUAUGCAUGCACUGCUUGGUAGAUUUCAGAGGACAAUCUUUUUAAUAGGACAGUCUAUGUAAUAGGGACUGGUUUAGGACAAAGAGAGCACUGGGGUGCAGUGUCCCACAUGUCUGAGCCAUACUGAUACUUAAUAUUGUCAAAUGUCUAUAUGAGAUUAAUUAACCAGACCCAGGCUCGAUCAGUGUCCAAAGGAUUUCAGCAUGGCUGCUAUGCUUUGAAGAGAGAAUACUUAUCUGUGCUUUGUCUUGUCAGGUUUUGGACAGGCUCAGGGUUGAGCAGACUCUUUUCAUCGGGGGAACUAUGAUGGGGAAACAAAUUCUAAGGAACAGCCCUUGUCCAAGCAAAACCUACCUACAGCUAAGGAGCCAAGCUCCUCUCAUAGUCACAUUCAAAGGCUUACCUCGGUCUCAAAGUGUCAGAGUUGAGCUCUGUGCAGGAAAAUCUCCUCAGUGUGAGACAGUGAAGCGAGGUGUGCAAAUCCCGGCAGAUAUUCUAACAGGUAGGUGGUAUGGGAACAGGCUUUGCAGACACUGCAAUAAUCUUCUUACAAAGUGGUUAAAAAAAGGUCAGAAUAAUUCAUGAUGUGUUGAACUGAACAUUUGAAAUCUCAAUUUCCACCUUUGAUUGAAGUGGAUCUUUGACAUAUGCUGUAGAUUCAUUCCCUGCUGCCUUUACUAUACAAUAUUCAUAUUAUUGCAAUACAGGCUGCCGAGGAGGGAUAUGUGUCAGUAACACUACACUGUCUCAUGAUAUUCAUUUUUUUCAGAAACUGAUAAAGGCAGCAUGUUAAAUGUAUUGCAUUGGAGCUAUUGAUUGUUUUUUUCCUGACUUUUAACAAUAUACUGCUACAUAAAGAUGACAAUCUAUUUCCAGAAGAUUUCCCAGCCUUGCAUAUAUAUUAAUGCUCUCAGGCUGACUGACUCAGCAUAUUUAGUCCAAGGCAAUACAGGGUGGGAGGCAGAGACCAUUGUCAAUUUGCACUACUGUUUUUGGAUUGACUGAUUCAAUUGCAUCUGAUGAGAAUGUUAUUCAAUUGUGAACAUGAACAUUUAUCUGUCAAAUUAAUCUCCCUGUCAGACUUUUUAAAUUAAGCUGUGUUGUGUAUGCUAUAGAACAACGUAUUAUAAUAUUUUUUUUACAGGAUGUCUGACUAAAGAGAAGAUUCAGACAUCCGAGUCUCAUCCUGCUUACCCUGAGGAAAAGAGAUCGUCUGAAAAGAAUGGCGAUAAAGAAACACUUCCCCCUUUACUCAAUGUGGCCUCGUCUCUUGAGAAUGUUUCCAUCCGUCCAUCAUUCUCAAACACUCCGAAAGCAAAAACAGUCACUGUAAGUUCCAUGACAGGAUCUCCUUUCCUGUCCAAUACCAAGGAGCUCUUUGAAGAGAGCCAGAAGAGGUAUGAGGGACAGAGGAAUGCACAGGAUCAGGAAUUACCAAUGACGUCCUGUGCUAAUCUCGAUGCUGUGGACACAGACUUUGCUAUAGAGGUGAUGUGCGACCCAGUAAUUCUCAAUGUACAGAACGACCAAAGAUCACAAGGUCUAUUGCCGUUAAGCAAUAAUGGCGAGACCAAUCACCAGUUAAGCAGUACAGGGACUGAGGAGCGUUUGGUAUCCCGACCUGACGGCACCAUAAGAGAACCUAAAGAAGCUGAACAAACAAUGAAGACCAACACAUUUGUAUCCAACAGAGGAAGUCUGUUCAGUGCUACCUUUGUCCACAACACAGGCAAUAGUGACACAAAGACGAGUCGUGAAAGCCCCUCGUGUGAUGACAGUGUCUCUGAAACUGAGGAUGAAUUAGAUGCAUUUUCUUCCAGCAGUGACUGUCUGACCUACAUUGAGGAGGAGGAGAAGGCUCUUAUAGAUGGAAUGAGAGGCGGAGGAAACGCACGCUUUCUACACUUCAACGAAAGGUCCAAAAAUGGAUCACAAACUCAGCCUUUAUGUCUAAAUCCAGCAAGGAUAUACCACUCGUCUUCGAGUAAGCCAUUCGCUCAGUCGUGCAUGCCACUGGUUUUACAGAUGUCCAAACCAGUUACUAGAGGGUGGUCAAAAACAACUGUUUCUGAAGAGGGUCUAUCAGAAAUCCUUUCCCCAGUGGAUGAGGUUCUGUCCUAUGGAAGCUACGAGCUCCCUCCACCUGUAGCGUACUGUGCAGGAUAUGGGAGUGUUAGCUCCACUCUGCUACCUCCCUCACCUGCUUUUGAGGUGAUCACAUGGACAAGUGAAGAGGACUUCCCGCCUCCUCCUGAAGGAAAUGAUCUGUAUCUAAAAGAGGACCCAUCCAUUAACAGUGAGCAUGUUCCUCCUCUCCCUGAUGAUAUGGCACCACAUGUAAACAACACAACAAACUCUGGCGAAACGAACAAAGACCUUGCUGAAGCUAGCUCUACUGCGUACCCUACAUUUCAGAAUGUUUUUCACAGAACGGAGAACUCCAGCUCGCUUACAGGGGAAGAGGAUGUCACAGACCCGCUCUUCUCCUUUGACAUUGGCGACAGGGUUCUUGUCUGCCUUUCCAGACCUGGUGUGCUGAAAUACAAGGGGCCGGCAGCAUUUGCUGGUGGCCUUUGGGCAGGUGUUGCGCUGGACAAGCCAGACGGAAACCACAACGGGACUUUUAGAGGGGUGAAAUAUUUCAGGUGUGAUAGGAACUGUGGUGUUCUGGUCCGAGCGGAGGACAUCUCUCCUUUACAAGGGGCACAAGACAGUGAUCUGGAUACUGGGGCUGAGGAGGAUCCCUUCUCAGAUGAAGAACCACCAAACUGCUCGAAAUCACAAGAGGAUGCUUUGAAAGAAGAUAAAGCCUCAGUUGGACAAUUGGAGGGCAACAGAGACAGGGGCCACAAUACACCAAUCGAUGAUCCUUCAACUACUAAAAUGACCUGUAAAGAGGGACAAUUACAAGAGAAAUUGUGCCAAAACCCUCAACUUCAUUGUUGUAAUGAGACGCCUGAGGCAUCAAGUUCAUCCACCCCUAUACCUGUUUCAUCAUUAUUUCAAGUGAGUUUUGUCUUAAUCAGACCGUAUAAUAACACAUUUGAGGCAAACCAUGGUCAUCACAGACUUUUACUUUGGGGGUAUUUGUUGUGUCUUUAGAGUGCCAGACCCACUUUAAACUCAAUUAUACAGUAAGAAAUUAUUUUAAUUUUUUGUUACGGCAACGUGCCAGAUGUAAGGACCUGUCAUAAAAAUUGUAUUAUGUUUGUAAAUAAUUUGUAAAGAAAAUUAUUAAUUAAGGGGAAAAGACUUGGUAAACCUUUCAAGUUGUUUGCUUAAAGUGGGACCAAAGUGCCAUUUUAUGCUUGCUCGUCAAACUAUUUAUUGGUCCUAUUUUGCAGAUUGGUUUUGAUUCAUGCCCCCAAACAGCAGGACACACCAUGAGCACUAGUUUUGACAUAAACUCUUGGGUGGAAAGAUUGACUGAGGAGCUGGUCCAAGAUCUUAUAAUGGAUGCUCUAAAGAUAAGGAAGAGAAACAGAGAGAAAGGCUUGCUCAAAGAGGACAACAAACAAAUUGAUGUGAGUAAAGUUUAAUUAUUAUUAUUAUUAUGAUUUUUUUUUUACAUCACACUCCCAAAACAAACAGCUUUUCAAUGCUGGUCUAUGCUGGUCUACGCUGGUCAGUGCUGGUCGGAUUCUGGUCAAGCUGGUUGGACUAGCAUAGCUUAGCUGGUUUUGCUGGCCGACCAGCAUGUUCUAGCUGGUUAUUGUGCUUUCGCUGGUGGCCAGCCUCCACUGUGUUUUCUCUGGUGACCAGCCUUCGUUGUGUUUUUGUGGUGAUCAGCCUACCCUGUGUUUUUGUUGGUGACCAGCCUUCACUGUGUUUUGGACACUGGUGACCAGCAUAAACUAAAGCAAAACCAGAAUCAAGUCAUGUUAUGCUGGCUUGCAAAGUGAUGUUUAAUUCCUAUUGGAAUCCAGCUAGAGUGGAUUCCCACAAUCUGCAUUCAGAAUGACUGCUAGGGUUGGAAAGAUAUAUUUUAAAUAUUUGGUAAUUUAGCAGAUGCUCUUAUCCAGAGCGACUUACAGGAGCAAUUAGAGUUAAGUGCCUUGCUCAAGGGCACAUCGAUAGAUUUUUCACCUAGUCGGCUCAGGGAUUAGAACCAGCGACCUUUCGGUUACAGGCACAACGCUCUUAACCACUAAGCUACCUGAUUUCAAACCAUAGAGAUGGAUAGAGGGUUCACUUGCCACAAAGCUUGUUUUAGGAAGGGGAGUGCCAUUGAGGGCUUUCACCAUAAAACUCAUGAGCUAACAUUCCAGCACUGCAGGUGGCAGUUAAUUACCACCCUUGCCAUUAUGGCCAUUCAGACUACAUACUCCAGCACAGUAGCUGGUAUGCACCUCCUCAGUUUGUUUACUAAUAACUGCCAAUGAGCUCAGAGAAGCAGACAGAGUGCUAACACAAAUCGAAUGCUAACAAGAACCUGCCGUUCCCCGCUUGUAAAAUGAGGGUGCCCUAAUUUUAAGUCGAGAUACAGUAGCAUGGGCGGUGCUCAAUUGCAGACUGUCAGCAAUUAUCAUGGCAAAGAUAGGUGUCCCCUAUUUCCAUCUGUGAUGAGGUGGUGUUGAAGGAGUCAGCCACAGGAGGGUAAAUCACAGAAUAACAGGCUUUAAUCCGCAAAAUACAGGUUUACGCAGAAAUGCGUCAAACACACUCCAGACCACAAAACAGGCGCACUGGAAAAUACAAGGCACACGGGAAAUACUCCCGUCGAUACACAAUACACGAGCUUCACUAACCUCCACAAUAAACAAUCACCCACACAGACAAGGAAGCAGAGGCAACUGACUAAUGAGGGAAUAAGGACCAGGUGUGUGUGAUUGAAGACAAGACAAAUGGAGUGAUGAUAAAUGGAUCGGCAGUAGCUAGUAAGCCGGUCACGCCGAACGCCGAAACCUGCCCGAACAAGGAGGGGAGGCAGCCUCGGCGGAAGUCGUGACACCAUCUUUAUGUUCAAAACCUUCCAUUUUCUGUUUAGCGCCUAUUGAAGGACAUAUUUUGUUUAAUUAUGCAGUAAUAGUUUGAAUACAUGAAUAUGCAAUAUGUGUAGGCCUAUUACUUGUCUUUUUCUUUUGAACUAUCGUUUAUGUGAUAGCUUUUGUAUGAUUUCAGACAAUAAAGAAGAGAGAUGACAGCACAGCAAAUAAGCUGUGUUUCAUAGAACAGUGGCACGAUACUCUCUGCUCUGCAGCUCCUGAGAAGGUUAAAGUCCAGCCCCACGACCGGGACAUAGUGUACAGACUGGUUGAUACUGCCGUGGAAACCCUCUUAGGCCAAGCAAAGAGUACCAUGAUUUACAACCCAGAAGCACCAGGCUAUAUCAUUGAUGAAGAGAGUGUCAGAGCUUACGGACAGGUGAGAGUUUGUGUGCAGUUAUUGGAUGAUUGUAAACCUGGAUGAAUUUACAGAUCAGGAUGCUAAUAUUAUGUAUGUUUGAGGUCAUUAGCCAACUAUAUUUUACUCUAGAUCAUGCACCAACUCACCUCUGAGAUUCUUCAUGGGGUGUUGACCAAUCACUUUGGGAUUACAAGAUCUAUGUGGCAGACGAAAAAUAUACUCUCAAGUCGCCUAUCAAGUAGAAUCUUUCUCACCGACUUGAAGGUAACAAGUAGCCCCAUGUCUGCUAUGUACACAAUCUCCUGUCUAAAUAAAUAUGAAAAUGAACAUGGAACCUAUGCACUUACAUAUUUUGUGUAUUAUGCAUAUUAUAUGUACAGUAUAAUGGAAUACACAAAUACGUGUGUACAGUGUGUGUGUGUAUAUAUAUAUAUAUAUAUAUAUAUAAAUAAAUAACAAUAACCCACUUGGUGUUGAUUUUGUACAGUAAUCAUCCCCAGGUGAACUUCUGAAGAACAUAAGACAUGUUAAAUUAAUAAAUAAAGUGCAAAAAUGUCCAAAUUUGAAAUGUAAUGUCAUAUUUUGCAGGCUGCUGUAAAAUCAGAGGUGCAGAAAGAGCUCAACUUGGAACGGACCGACCUUCAGAUGAAAGAGAUGCUCCUGACAUUGUGCAAAUACAGGAGUACAAAGAGAGACAGAGUAGACUACAUUCUGGUAUGUAAUAAGAAUUUUGUUCAAAUGCCUUGGUGGGAACAGUUUUUUGGUAGGCCUACAUAAAACAUAUUUAGAGUAUAUGAGCAUCAAUAAGUGCAAUGCCUAGCUAGGCUGUUGUGGGUGAAGGCAUACAGUACUUUCUGCAACAAUGUUCAAGUUCAUGAUCACAUUGAAUCCUCAGAUCCAAGAGCUUCACAAAGAAGAACUUCAGUGGGUGGACUACAGCGCUGACCAGAUUACUGUGAAGAUGAGACUGUCUGAGGAGAUUUUCAAUCUUCUCCUAGAGGACACUAUAUCAGUUCUCAAACACAUGUACAUGACACCAUCCUUUUGAACCUGAGAAAGAAGGUUACUGUUCCCUCCAUAAAAUAUAUCUUAU